AUGUCCGAGGAAAAAAUUGUGAGUGAAAUCCUCAUCAACGUUGAUUCAGAGCUGGAUAUUUCAAGCAAAGAAAUUAGAAUUACUGAAAAAGAUGCUGAUUCUUCUUUGCAGUUCCUUGAAGAUCAUGAACAAGAAUUCAAAGAUGUUGAGUUUACUGCUGCCGACGAAAAAGAGUUGAGCAAGAAUCUUUAUUUAUGGCUUUUCCCAUUAAUCUUCGUGAUAAACACCAUUCUUUUCGUUGAUAAGGCCACUCUAUCUUACUCUUCGAUUUUGGGGCUUUUUGAAUCCACCAAUAUUAAUUCCGCACAAUAUGAUGAUUUGAAUUCUAUUUUCUACACCGGUUACACUAUCGGUCAAUUAUUGAACUUUGUCUUACAAAAAUCCAAUAUGGCCAAAUAUAUGACUUACAUCAUCUUUUCUUGGUCCAUCAUUGUUUUUUGUCAUUGUGGUGCUUAUAAUUUCGGAGGUCUUAUUGUUCUUAGAUUCAUCCUCGGUUUAAUUGAAAGUACUGUUGUCCCAGCAUUGGAAGUCACCAUGCUCCAAUUUUUCACUCCUAAACAGAGAGCUACUUUACAACCUGUUUUCUGGGUUUCUUGUGUUGGUAGUCCAGUUAUUAUUGCUGGUUUCAUUGCCUAUGGUGUCCUUUGGGCCAAAAAUACAAUUGCUCCUUGGAAAAUCUUUAUGAUCAUCACCGGUGGUUCCACUUUCUUUGUCGCAAUUUGGGUUGCUCUCUUUUAUCCAUCUGACCCAGUUGGUGCUAAAUUCUUGAGUAAUAAACAGAAAUACUUCUUGAUCAAAAAGAUCCAAGGGGAAUCUAAGGCAUCAAUUGUGCAACAUGUCGUCAAGAAAGAACAAAUUAUUGAGUGUAUCAAGGAUCCGAUUUCCUGGUUGUUCACCUUUUUCUCAUUUUUUCUCAUGUUGGCUAAUAACUUGAAUUAUCAACAAAACUUGUUAUACGUCAGUCUUGGUGUUACUAACUUGGGCUCCACAUUGGUUUCCGUUGCUGGUGGUGGGUUUUCUUCUGUUUUCCAUCUCGCUGGUGCUGCUUUUAUCUACUUUAGGCCAAACAGUAGUGCCCUUAUAACUACAUUAGGUUGUAUUCCAUCUGUUGCCGGUGGUAUUGCUAUGAUUACUAUUCCAUGGGGAAACAAGAUGGGGCUUUUGGCCUGUCUUGUCUUGGCUGCCAACACGUACGGUAUCGCUUACAUUGUUGGUCUUGGUUGGGCCACUUCUUCUUGUUCUGGUAACACUAAGAGAUUUUUCCGUCAGUUUAUGUUCAUGAUUGCCUACGGUAUUGCCAAUAUUAUCUCUCCUCAAUUGUGGAAAGGUAAUCAGGGAAAUGACAAAGAUGGUGUCAACCGCUACUAUGCUGCUUGGGUUAUUCAAAUUGUAUUGGCCUGGAUCGGUACACCUGUUAUUGCUUGGAUCAUUCACUUCACUUUGAAGAGUAGAAACAAGAAGAGAUUGGCCACUAUUGAAGCUAAAGGUAAAGAGUCUCUUGGUGCUGUUGUCAAAACCGACGGGAAUGGUCAUGAAAUUAUUGAUAAAGUCAACAUUGCUAACUUAGACCUUACUGAUCUCGAAAACAAAAGUUUUAUUUAUCCGUUAUAG